AUAAAUAAAAAAAUAAUAUCCAUUGAGUAAUUGAGUGGACGUUCACGUGUAAACAGCACAUGCUUAUGGAAAAAACAAAUUGAAUAACUGCGUUCACAACUUUUUGCUGCAAUUAAAAUCCGUAUACGUCUGUCAUCUGUCUGGCUAUCACGCAAAAUGGUAGCGGCGGCUGCUCUGACCUUGUUAAGUCUUUGAAAAACCGAGGGUUUGAAAUAUUUUAUUUUUAUAUGUUUGUAUGUUAUCUGUUUUUAUUCAUUGAUUAAAAUGAAUAGUUAUAAUUUCUUUAAAAAAUUGAUGUGUUAUCAAUAAAAAAAAAAUUAAAAUCCUUUUCUUCAGUAACAGAAUUUAAUUAAAAACCCUGCAGGUAGACUAUCUAAUGUAAUGGUGGCCGUUUUAAAGGUUUGUAGGACGAUUUUUGACCUUCUAGUUUUCUAAAAACUUUGUAUUGUGCAUUUCCAUAUGUUUUUAAUGUUAAGUUAAAAAUAUUGUCAUGUUUUCCAGCUAUGUAUAAAUCUAAAAAAACGAAUUUUAAGAUUUUAACCACAAACGUGACUAUCACGGAACAUGGCAACACAGAACAAGUCCAGUUCGGUCAAGUUAUCUAGCUAACCUUAUUUAUUGCUUAUCUUCUGAAGUUGGGUAUAAGAGCUUCUUAUCCUAACCAAAAUUAGUUUGUGGUUAUGCAACUUACUGUUUAUUUAGACCUGGCUUAAAAGUAAAACUAUCCAAAUGCAGCUAUACCUUUUAUUACUGUCAUGAAAAUUUAUUCUACAAAUAAAAUUGCUUAGUUAUCAUUUAAGCUGGGUGAGGUAACAGUAGGCUUCUUCCUGUAUUUUUUAUUGAAACCGAAGUUGCAAUAAAGGGUAUUACGCCUAUACAGAAUGAAAGACGGUUUACCUGUACUAAGCGCUCCGCCCGCUGUCACGAUUAAUUUUUAAAGUUUCACGGGAACUUUUUCCACAAAACAAUGUUGCACCAUUGUGUUCGCUUCAGCAGGGUAAAAAUAGAUUGUAAACUGUUUUUAAUUUUUGAAUUCUACAAAACCUUUUUCACAAAAUAAAUUUUUUGAGUGAUUGUUUUUGCUGCACACUAUGUUUUUAUUUAAACUGAAGUUAGGAUAUAGUUUUUUGAACCGGGUAAUAUGCCUAUACAAAUGUGUGACAAGGUGUCCUGUAAUAAGCGUUUGGCCCAGUGUUACGACGGGCUUUUUCCUCUGUUUCUACUCAACCGCAGUUGCAAUAAAGGCUUUUUUGGAAAAGGGUAUUUAUACCUAUAUGGAUGUGUGACAUUGUUUACCUGCACCAGGCGCUCAGCGCGGAAUAACAUUCAUUGUUGAACUUUCAUCGAAAACAUUUUUCAAAAAAUAAAAAAAGCUUGGCCUACUGUUUUAGUUAUGACGAGUAAUAAAGGGCUGUAAACUGUGUUUUCAUUUCAGCUAAAUGUGCAGGAAAGUGUUUGUUUAAAAAAUAUACUAUACCCGGAAAUACCAUAAUGUUGUGUGCGAUUCACUCGAUUUGCGACAUCUGCAUAUCUGUACUAGAGCGCACCAUCUGAAUGUGCGGCACAGUUUAUGUUCGUAUUAAUUGCUCCACACGAUAUUUAACGCUGGGUAACAAUUGUACCUGGCUAGUGAAAUAUAGUUUCGUUUGCUCUAUAUUCAUUUUCACAACAUAGGGUAUUUUUAUGUUAGUUUAGGCAAUUCCUUAUCAGUAUAGAAGGAUGGCGUCGGCGUUUAUGCUUUGUAUGGUCAUUUUCUUUACACUUUUUAAUGUAAUAGUUGGUUUUAAAGCUUGAUGUGUUGUCAUCAUUCUUGAUAAAAUAAAAGAAGUUGACACGUUCAAGGUGAAAUGUUCUUUCUAGUUUAUAACGAAUGAAGAUCUACUAGACGUUUUUAAGACGUCUGAAAAAGGUGUCUUUUAUUUAUACAAUUUAGCUUACAUUGUGGCCGCUCCAUGAGCCUUGCAUAAAAUAUGAAAUUUUAUUUUUAAAAAUCUCAGUCUCUAAACAAGACUCUUUCACACUAACCGUGUCAGCAGAAAGGCUAGCUCAAACCGUUAGAAAAGACCAAGACGUUCUUCAUUGCUUAUACAGAAUUACUAAACCUUUAAAUCAAGUCCCGCUUGCAGUUUUGCAAAUUUGUUCUGACUGUCGGUUUGUCUUAAUGAAACUAUUUUCUCUUUGUCUCCUAGAUCCAUAUAUUGGACAGUGUCAUACUUGACUCCUAAUUUGGUUUGAAUUAUAAGCAGUCAUACUAUCACGAAAUCAUAAGUAAAUUUUACUAUCCUCCUAAAUUCCCUUUAAAAUUUUUCUAUGUGUCGUGUAGAAAGUAAAAAGGUCGGACAGAGCAAUUGACCUUCUUAUUUUCAUCCAUGAAAAACAUACAAAAAAGGAAAUUUAAAAAGUAACAAAGUUAAUAAAUGGAUCAUGAGUCAUCAGGUCACUUAUGAGUUGUUGUUUCGCUUCCGCAAUAAUGACAUAUUUAAAACAACUCUCUUCGGACAAAAUUAAUUUACAAACGAAUUAGAAUUUGAAUUGUCAUUAUGAAACCAUUUUUAAUUGUGAGUGUCUUUCUGGCUGUUAUCUACAAUGGAAAUUGUCUGAAAUGCAAUAUAUUCAGCACAGUACAAGGUGCACACAUUGUCUCUAAAGACACCUGCAUGGGUGCUGAUGAUGCUUGCGUAACAAUUGAAUACAGUCUCCUAGGUAGACGUGUACAGGAAGGGCAAUGUACAAGAUCAAAUGGGAGAUGUGCACAAUCAUGUUCAACUGGAUUACAUGAUGAUUGCAAGGUGAAAAAAUGCUGUCAAACAGAUCUUUGUAAUGGCCCUCCUGCUACCAGUUCAUCUGGAAUUCUAUUCAGCUCUACUGUGUUAGUUUUUGGAACGUUGCUUCCUGCAGUUGUCGCAUACACGAUGUAAUGUGAUAAAAGAUAAUUUAUCAAAAUCACGUGCCAA